AUGCCCGGUCGGCUUCAGGUCCAGCGGCCGUCACCCACUACCGUCAGCUUCACUGUCUCGAACGCGCCUCGACGCUCGAGUUCCCCCGCGAAGAUCCUCUUUGGUGUUCGGGUUCUCAUACGCGCAAUUGUCUUCUGCUGUGUCAUCAUAGUUGGAACGACGCGCUCGAGGCAUAUUUUCUUUCACCGGUAUGGUCGGUUCAUACCUUGGCAGGAUGUGUGGUCGUCUUCUCUCGGGUCCAGGGUUUGCGAUCUGGUGGACACAUACAACAACCCAUGGGUAAUCGCAGUGAUCAGCACGCUGUUGGUUUGGGGAGUCUUCCGCAGGGGCUAUACGGAGGAAUCGCUCUUGGUUAUCCGUGGCUUCGGCAUCCAAACGUCCACCUCAUCCUCUACCUAUCUGUCGACUGCCGCAACGAGGUUCAUUCCUACCACGCAGAUUCAAGAUAUCGUUAUCCAUGAAGCCUUCAAAGGCUUUGAAGUUAGAUUUUAUCUGGCUGUCAUUGUCGAAGGCGAGCCCGAUGUCUUGGUGGUCUUCCCAAAAAUGCUACCAAACCGUGAGAUUUUAGAAGAAGUAUGGAGAGGUUCCCGGCGUUGUCUUUAUGAUGCAAAGUCAUGA